AUGUUCACGUGCAACACCUGUGGGUUGAACUUCCCAGGAGCAGAAGACCAAAGAAGUCAUAUGAAGUCUGAAUGGCAUCGUUAUAAUUUAAAGAGAAGAGUAGCACAAUUACCACCAAUAGAUGAGCAUUUGUUUAAUACUAAAGUGGCUAAUUUGAGUGUGGAAGAUGAAAAGGAAACUCCAGUUAAGGGAGAGAAACAGAUGACUAAGAAGGAACAAAGACGUAGAGAAAAAGAGGCCAUCCAAGAGAAGAAGCGUCAAAUUUUGGGAGUUGCAAAACAGGCUAUGAUAGCUAAGAUGAAAGAGCAAGGACAGGAAUUACCAGUUAAACAAGUAGUAACAGAACAAGUAGAACAAACAGAGACACCAGAACAAACAGAAACAGAGAAGAUUGAGCCAGAAGAACUUACUGAGGAACAACAAGAGCAAAAGAUUAUUGAAGAGAAGGAAUCCAAUAGGAUUGAAAUCACUCCUACUACUUGUUUAUUUUCUCAUCCAAAGUAUAACAAAGUAUUUGAUACUGUUGAUGAGAAUAUUGACCAUAUGUUUAAGAACUUUGGACUUUAUAUACCGGAGAAGACUUAUUUAGUGGAUAAAGAAGGAUUAAUCGGAUACCUUGGUGAAAAGAUCAGUUAUGGGUUCUGUAUUGCUUGUAAUUAUCAAGGAAGAAAUGCUGAAGCUGCUAGAGAACAUAUGAAGCAAAAGAGACAUAUGAGAAUUCCCUAUGAGUCAGAAGAUGAGAAGCUUGAAAUCUCUCAAUUCUAUGAUUUCAGUUCGACAUACGAAGAUACCUCUAAGUCAGUAGAAGGAGAUGAUAAUGGAGAUGAAUGGGAAGAUGUACUGGAUGAAGGAGAAGGAGAAGGAGAUUUAGAAAAUGAAGGAGACUCAGAAGAUGAUUUACCUCCAUCAGAACAAGAUGCCAUAUACCAAAAUGGAUUAGAUCUAAUACUACCAUCAGGUACCGUACUUGGACAUCGUUCAUUAGCCAGAUAUUACAGACAAAACUUAACUCCUGAACGAGUAUUAUCAGAAGGUCAAGGAACUGUAAUUGCUGCUGAAACCAGACAUAUGUUAGCCAUAAGAGAUAGACAAGAAUUAGCCACAAAGAAGAGAGCAUGGGGAAGACAAAAGAAGAGAGAAGAUGUCAACGACAGAAGAGCUGCUAAGUUCAUUAAUCAACAAGAACAUUACAGAGAUCAAUUAUUACAAUAA